AUGACGACUCAGAUGCUUCGAAAGGGCGGUACAGUCUUGACGCAUGACGACUUAGGUCAUGUCGCUCCCAAGAAACUUGACCUCCUUAUUCAGGAUUCCAGCAUCGCAAAUAUCGAAGAGGAUGUAUCCACCAGGAGAGCCCGUGUUGUUGACUGCACGGGCAAAAUAGUGUCCCCCGACUUUGUCGAUACGCACCAUCAUACAUGGCAGACGCAAUUGAUGGGCGCAUAUGCUGAUGGGACGCUGCUUAAGUAUUUCCCCACAGGUUAA